CUCUCCCUCUUCUCCCACCCACUCAAAUACGACACUCACAUUUAUUGCAAACCCUAGAUUCCUGCCCUAACUGACCUCAUCCAAGAUCUUCUGCAACUGAUUUUGAUCCUAUGGCGGAGGAGGAGGUUCUAGUGGCCGCCGCGAGCCCUAAGCCGUCGGAUCACAAACGCAAGCUCGACGAAUUGGAGCCCGAGCAGGAAUUGGUCCUCGAACAGCCGCCCAAAAGCUCCGGCGAGCUUCAGGACUCGACUGCAGAGCCCGAUGCUGCCAAUGAAGUUGACGCGUCGCCGCCGUCGGAUGAAUCUGACGCCAAACGGCCGCGUCUUGAUGACAAGUCCGAUGAUACAGCGAGAGCGAAUGGUCACCAGCAGAAGUCAGAUGAUGCUCCAAAGGAGAAUGACGGUGACGAGGUAGUGCCGGGUCCUGAAUUUGUUGACCUUACGGAAACAGUCGCUGCUCCUUCACAGCCUGCAUUUGUGGACCUCACGGAAACAGCAGUCGAGGAACAACAAAAUGGCACUAACGGCGAGACAAUCGACGGCCAAAAGCCUUCUGUUGAGGAUUCUGCGGUGGACGGUGCUCAGGAACCCCCUCAAGAGGAGCCUCAGCCGUGCUCUGCAGAGCAAGGGGAUGUUCUCCCUGUGCAACCAGAGGAAGGGGAUGCUCUCCCGGUGAAAGAAGAGCCAGGGGAUGCUCUCCCUGAGCAACAAGAGAAAACCGAUACUCUCCCUGAGCAGCAAGAGCAAGGUGAUGCUUUCUCUGGGCGGCAAGAGCAAGGGGAUACUAUCUCUUCCCAACAGGAUGAACUUUCUGAAAAUGAGGCUGUCACGCACAGAAUGGAGGUUCCUAAUAAUAAGGUUGGGGUUCUGAUUGGCAAGGCCGGGGAUACUAUUCGGUACUUGCAAUACAAUUCUAGAGCAAAAAUUCAAAUCACAAGAGAUGCUGAUGCAGAUCCAUAUUCUACUACAAGGCCUGUAGAGAUAACAGGAAGUUUGGAAAGUAUCAGCAAAGCUGAAAAGCUUAUAAACGCUGUUAUUGCAGAGGCUGAUGCAGGGGGUUCUCCUUCUCUGGUGGCUAGGGGCGUUGCUGCCGCACAGGUAGUUGCAGCUGCAGAACAAAUUCAGAUACAAGUACCAAAUGACAAAGUUGGUUUGAUAAUAGGCAGAAUGGGGGACACCAUUAAAAGUCUGCAGGCCAAAACAGGGGCCCGUAUUCAGCUGAUACCUCAACAUCCUCCAAAGGGUGAUGAAUCCAAAGAAAGGACGGUGCGAGUAAGUGGCAAUAGGAAGGAAAUUGACAUGGCCAAGGAAUUGAUAAACGAGGUUAUGAAUCAGACUGUGAGGCCAUCCAGUGGUUUUAACCAUCAGGCUUAUCGGUCCCAUGGACCAGGUGGACCUCAAUGGGGUCCACGAGGUUCUCGUCCAUCCCAGCACUCUUCAUAUGAUUAUCAGCAACAACGAGGACCGUACCAGUCCCGGAAUACUCAGUACCCUCCUACAUAUGGGAGUUAUCCUCAACAUAUGGGUCCUAGAAGUGGCUUUGGUCCUGGUUGGGAGCAAAGGCCACCUCCAAACAUGCAGGGGAUGCCUCCACAUGGCGGUGGUUAUGAUUACUAUGGCGGACACGGAGGGGAAGCCCCAGCACAACAUUCUGCUCGUGGCCCUUCUCCCAACCCUACAAUGGGUGGACCUCCAUCCCAAGCAAACUACAAUUAUGGACAUCCACAUGGUUCAGACUAUAGGCAUCCGGCUCCUUAUUCUCAUUCUGCACCUCCUCAGCAUGGCUAUGGGCAUGGAUAUGAAGAACCAAAAUAUGAUAAUCAUGCUCCAACUCAGCACCCCUAUGGAGGACAUGGAGCUUCUCAGCCGUAUCCACAAACUGGAGCUCAGUCAGGCUAUGGUCCGCAGCAGAAUUUUGGUAAGCCACCAGCAUAUACCAUGCCAUCUCAGGGUCCACCUCCCCAGUCUUAUGGUGCUCCCCCUAUGGCUAGCCAACCAGGAGAAGCGGUUUAUCAGACCCCAGCUCAGUCAUAUGGUCAGAAUGUCCCAGCUCAACAGCCAUAUCCAUAUGCAUCCACUGCACCUGCACAGCAGCCUUAUGCUCCGUAUGGUUCUGCCACAGCUACUGAUGGGUAUAAUCAGCCACCAACUGCUUCAACCGGUGGUUAUCCACAGCAAGGAGGGCAGCCUGCUAGUUAUGGUCAGCCUGCACCUGGCUAUGCACAAGCACCAGCAGGAUAUGCACAAUACCCAACGACCCAACAAGGUUAUCCUGAGCAACCUGCUUCAUAUACUGGGGGUUAUGGGUACCAAGGGUCUCAAGAUCCUGCCUAUGGAGGUGUCUCUGCACCUGCCUAUGGUGCAGCUCCAGUUGCGCAACAGGGCUUUGCUCAACCAGCACCUGCAGCAGCUGUGCCGCAGCCGGGUUACACCCAGCCAGCACCGGCAACAACUCAACAAACUUAUGAUCAGUCUGUCCCGCAGUCGGGUGUUUAUGGGAAAACAGUGUCACCUCAGCCUGGCUACACUCAGUACGAGUCGAGUCAAAUGUAUGCCACACCUCGUUGAGUGAUAUUAAUGUAGUUGAGAGCUUCAUGUCGUGGCUGAUGUGCCAUGUUCAUCUUUUGGUUCUAGUUAGUAAGUAGUUAGGCCUUUCUGACUGGAUCGUUCAUGGAACCUUGCACUUGCUGCUUUUAUUCAUGUAACGCAGAGUUGAUGCUUUCUUAAAAUUCUGAAACUUGACCAUGAGUCGCUGAUAAUGAAUCUUAUGCUAGUGUCAACAUUUCAAUAUUUC